CACCGUUUCGUAAUUCUAUUUAUAGAACACUUUACGAUUGUGUAAUAAAAUUAUUAAAAUUGUUUAAUUUUCCUGGAUAUUUUUCUAGUUUCAUAACUUUCAGUACAUUUAACAAGAUACUAUACAGUAUAAAAAUGUCGAUUAAAUUAGUAUGUAAGCCAGAGUUUUUUGAAAGUCGCUUGAAUUCUCAUCUAGGUUUAAAUGUUACGACCGAACCCGGAACGACCUACUUUCUGUGUAACGAUAUAGAGGAGGUGCCGUCACUUGUGGAUCCAGCUAGCCUUUCAUUUUUGUCAGGUGAAAAAAAGGUUCAGAUACUGGUGUGUAAACAUGUGCCAAAUGAGAGUAAGGUGCAAGGACAGGUUGUUGCACCAGAAAAAAACAAGUUGACUGAGGUGCUCAUGGGAAAUUCUACACCAAAUGCUACACGUGUAAUAAAGGAAGAAAAGAUAGAAAAUGUUAUCAAAACAUCCAGUCAAUGUAUUGUCACUGACACAUGUGAAAAAGAUACUAAGAAACAGGGAGAAAACAGGUUGGCUACUGAGAUAAAAGUUGAAGCCCCAGUUGUAAAUGCACCACUAUACCAGUUGAGCAAUGUCAAGCUUGAGAGUCCAGUUGUGAUGCAGGGUAUCAGUGCCCAUAUUCCACCAACUUUAAUUCCAAACAAGGUCCAAAUGAGGUCUUCGACGGCUGAUACAUGUAAUGUUCCAAGUUUACCAUGUCAGUCACUCAGGCAAGAACUGAAGCAAGCCAUUUUGCAAAGACGUUUAGUUCAGGGAAAAACCAUGAUUGAUUUAACGAAAGAAGAAAAUGAACGUAAAGCUGUAUUACAGAGCAUUAAGAUGUCUGAGGAAGAAGUUGAAAGAAUGCUUAAACGGCGAGUUUCAAACAAUCGAGCUGCAAGAAAAUGCAGAGAAAAAAGAAAAAUUGUAGAAGAAAACUUAAUGCAGGAAGCAAAGAGAUUGAAGGCGCGUACGAAAACAUUGAAUGAAAUUAUAUCAACAUUAGAGCAGCAACAGAAAGACCUAAGGUUGUAUGUAACCGGUGCAAAAAGUGGGGAUAAGGAUUCCAAUGAAAAGAUCUUUUCUAUUCUUAACUCAGAAAUCAAAAUUCCAGACCUUCCUCCUCGCACCAUGACCAGAUAUGACUAUGACUUGUCUAGUAGUGUCAUUUUAUCAAGUUCGGAAUAUAAUUCUGAUGAUACAAGGAAUGGAUUUGAGUUAGAUAGCAGUCAAGAAACUAAUGAUACAAGAGAUUCUACAUCAGUGAGUUUUCUCAAUGUAAAAGAUGAAAUGAUAAAUCAGACUGUGCCUGGUGGGACUGUAAGUGCGACCAAACAUAUUCAAGUGGAGAGUGACAUUAGAAAUUUUAAAGAGAUUGAUGACAGGAGAGAACAGGUUGAUUCGGAUGAUGAUUCGGAUGUGGAACUUAUUGAAUUUGACAGACCAUUAGUGAUUGAUGUUAAUUAGAAAGUGCAAUUGUUAUUGCUGUAAUCAGAGCAGUGUUUAAUCAUGUAAUGUAUCUUUGUCUGUCUGUGUCUGUUCUCUUGGUGCAUUGUUAUUGAAAUUAAAUUUAAGCUUUGGAACGUGACA